AUGGCGUCGCCGCCCCCCGUAGAAGACCAGGCUCGGCUGCUCGAAGAUGCCCUCGCCGUGGUGCGCCAACAGACGCUGCUUAUGCGGCGCUGUCUCGAGACGCCGGGCAAGUUGAUGGAUGCGCUCAAGUGCAGCUCGACUCUCGUUUCGGAGCUGCGCACUAGCAGCCUAGGUCCCAAGCAGUACUAUGAGCUUUACAUGGCCGUCUUCGAUGCCCUCCGCCACUUGGCCGUAUACCUGCGCGAAAACCACCCUGUGAACCACCUCGCCGACCUUUACGAGCUCGUCCAGUAUGCUGGAAAUAUUAUUCCCCGUCUGUAUCUCAUGGUCACUGUGGGUACUGUCUACAUGGCAAUUGAGGAUGCGCCCGUCAAGGAGAUUAUGAAGGACAUGAUGGAGAUGAGUCGCGGGGUCCAGCACCCCAUCCGCGGCCUGUUUCUACGCUACUAUCUCGCCGGCCAGGCACGCGACUGCCUUCCGUCGGGCGACAGCGAGGGCCCAGAAGGCAAUUUGCAGGAUUCGAUUAGCUUCAUUCUGACCAACUUUGUUGAAAUGAAUAAGUUGUGGGUGCGGCUGCAACACCAGGGUCACUCGAGAGAGCGCGAGCAGCGGACCAAGGAGCGCCAAGAAUUGCAGCUGCUGGUAGGCAGCAAUCUGGUCCGUCUGAGCCAGCUGGUGGAUUUGGAGAAUUAUAAGAAGAUUCUGAAUCCGCUGUUGGAGCAGAUUGUACAAUGUCGAGAUGUUUUGGCGCAGGAGUAUCUUUUGGAGGUCGUCACUCAGGUUUUCCCCGACGAAUUCCACCUACACACUCUCGACCAAUUCCUCUCCGCCGUCGCACGCCUAAACCCCCAUGUCAACGUCAAGGCCAUUGUUGUGGGCCUCAUGGACCGACUCUCCUCGUAUGCGCAAAGAGAAGCCGAAUCCGAAAGCCCGGAGCAGCGCAAGAAGACCGAGGAGGAAUCCAUAGCACAACUCAUGGAGCAGAUGCGCAUAGCAAAGGAGAACAAGGCGGUAGAACCAGAAGCUGCACCCGCACAUGAGAAUGGAGACGCUUCAGAAACCUCGGAGACACAGCCCAGCGAAGAAGCCUCUGAAGAUUCAGCAGCGCCUCCUUCUGAAGACACGGCACCUACCGAGACGGACGGCGAAAUCCAGAAGAAACGCGGCAUACCGAACAAUGUCAAGCUGUUUGAGAUAUUUCACGAACAGGUGCAGACACUGGUCAAGAUGCAGCGAUUGCCAAUACAAGACACAGUUGGCCUUUUAGUGUCGCUCGCGAAUCUUGCAUUAAAUAUCUACCCCGAACGACUGGACUACAUCGACCAGGUCCUGACAUUUGCAAACCAAAAAGUUGCAGAAUACCAAAACAGCGCCGACCUCCACUCACAAGCAACGCAAAGCCAAAUCCUCAGCCUUCUUCUUUCGCCCAUCAAGACUAUCGCUUCCGUGGAGAACCUCGAGAGUGUGUUGGAGAUCCUCAAGGUGCUCAUCAGGGAAGGCAUACAACAAGCCCAAGGCUACCCUGGAGGACCGAUUCAAAGACGGGCACAAGAGACGGAGGAGACUAUAGAAGAGCAAGGUUGGCUCGCGCGGAUAGUACAUCUCAUCCGCGGCGAGGACAAUGAUACGCAGUUCAAGCUCCUCCAAGCUGCGCGCAAGGCCUUUGCAGACGGCAACGAGCGCGUCAAGUACACCUCUCCCGCCAUCAUCACAGCAUCUCUCAAGCUCGCACGGCAGUAUAAGAAGCGCGAACAUUUCGAAGACAACUGGCAAUCACAAUCCUCCGCUCUCUACAAAUUCAUGCACAGCACCCUAUCGACUCUCUACGCCAGAGUCACAGGCUCUGCAGAUCUUUCUCUCCGCCUCUUCAUUGCCUGCGGUCAGGUCGCCGAUCAAAACGGCUUCGAAGAAGUUGCGUACGAAUUCUUCGCGCAGGCAUUCACGAUAUACGAAGAAGCGAUCAGCGACUCAAGAGCACAGUUCCAGGCCGUGUGCGUUAUCGCAAGUGGACUACACACGACGAGGAAUUUCGGCAAGGAAAACUACGAUACGUUGAUUACAAAGUGUGCGCUACAUGGAAGUAAGCUGCUCAAGAAGCCAGAUCAGUGUCGCGCUGUGUAUCUCGCAAGCCAUCUAUGGUGGGCAACCGAAAUCAGAGCGUUGGGAGAGGAGGACCCGAAGAACCUCUACCGCGACGGCAAACGCGUGCUCGAGUGCUUACAACGCGCGCUCCGUGUUGCAGACGCAUGCAUGGACGCCGCAGUUUCUGUCGAACUCUUUGUCGAAAUCUUAAACAGAUAUGUCUACUACUUUGACCAAGAAAACGAUGCCGUCACAACCAAAUACCUAAACGGCCUCAUCGAGCUCAUCCACUCGAACCUGCAAUCCAAUGAAAACGCGUCGUCGCUGGAGAACCCGAGGAAACAUUUUCAACGCACGUUGGAUUAUAUAGCUAGUCGCGAGUAUGAAGGUGUGGUCACGGCGGCGAAGUAA